CCUUCACGCCCCGCUCGCCCGGGGAGCGGGUGGCGGCCGGGGGCCUCCCUCUGGCACCGACUGCCUUCAAGGCUCCCUCUCCACAGCCGCCAGGAGCUUUUAUUAAUCACCUCCCCGGCGGCCUCACGGUCGUGGGCUCCGGCGGAGAGCAGUUGCCGGCUUUACCGCGGAGGAGACGCUAUCGAGAGCUGCUCGCUCUUGUCGCCUCGUGCCGCGUCCCGUCUGACUGACUGACUGACUGACCGACCGACCGACCGACCGACCGACUGACUGACUGCCGCCAUGUCCAACUAUAUCCACGUCCCGCCCGGCUCCCCGGAGGUGCCCAAGCUGGACAUCACUGUCAGCGAGCGGGAGGGGCCCGGCUACCGUCAGGGCGCCCUGCAGCUCCUGCGUCGCCUGCGGCCCCAUUGGAGACCCGAGGAGGUGACGCUGCAGCUGUUCACCGAUGGAAUCACCAAUAAAUUAAUUGGCUGCUAUGUGGGUGACAUAACAGAUGAUGUCGUUCUAGUUAGGAUCUACGGAAAUAAGACCGAGCUCUUAGUAGAUCGAGAUGAGGAAGUGAAGAGUUUCCGUGUAUUGCAGGCCCACGGCUGUGCACCUCAACUAUACUGUACUUUCAAUAAUGGUCUGUGCUACGAGUUCAUGCAGGGAGAAGCACUGGAUCCAGAGCAUGUAUGCAAUCCAGAUAUUUUCAGACUCAUUGCCAGACAGCUUGCUAAAAUCCAUACUAUUCAUGCACACAAUGGAUGGAUCCCUAAAUCUAAUCUGUGGCUGAAGAUGGGGAAAUACUUCUCUCUCAUACCCACGGAAUUUGCAGAUGAGGAAGUAAAUAAAAGGUUUUUAAGUGACAUUCCAAGUCCUCAAGUUCUUCAGGAAGAGAUGGCCUGGAUGAAGGAAAGACUGUCAAAUUUAGGAUCACCAGUGGUACUCUGUCACAAUGACCUGUUGUGUAAGAAUAUUAUUUACAACAAGAAACGAGGUGACGUGCAGUUCAUAGACUAUGAGUACUCUGGAUACAACUACCUAGCUUAUGACAUUGGAAAUCACUUCAAUGAAUUUGCAGGAGUAAAUGAGGUAGAUUACAGCCUUUAUCCUAACAGAAAAUUACAGGAACAAUGGCUGAGGUCUUACCUCGAAGCCUACAAAGAAUAUAAAGGAUUUGGCACAGAAGUCAGUGAAAAAGAAGUUGAAAUUCUAUAUGUCCAAGUCAAUCAGUUUGCACUGGCUUCCCACUUCUUUUGGGGGUUGUGGGCUCUAAUUCAAGCCAAAUAUUCCACCAUUGACUUUGAUUUUCUAGGGUAUGCAAUUGUUCGGUUUAACCAGUAUUUCAAAAUGAAGCUGGAGGUCAUGACAUUAACUCUUCCUGAGUAAUGAAGAGGAAGAAAUUUACCAAGUGGAUAGACAACCCUUGAAUCUUUUCUGAGAACAGAUACUGGAAAAAAGCUAAACAUUUGUUGAAGUUCUGUAAUGCUCACUUGGUGGUUCUUGCUUUAUAAAUAAUGCCUCUAAACAGUCCUUCAAUGUUAAAUUUAAUAUGAAGAGCAUACCUACUGCUGUUGAUAUAAAACGGAUUAGAAACUUGCUAAAUCUAUAAAAAGUUGUAGAAAUGGCAAUUUAAUCCUUCUCUGUAAUUUAACAUAUGUUGUAUGUGAAUUAUUUAUUAUAAGUUUAACAUGAUUCCAUUGCUGCUUUCAUCAGUUUUUGUAAAAGUUGGGUGCAGACAGUGAAGUUGUUCCAAAGGAUUUGUUUAACAGCUUAUUUUAUUGAAGUUGCGUUAACUUAUAUUAAAGACAACAUAGUCAGAGAAUACUAACCUUUUAGAGGUAUACAAACAAAAUGAGUGAUAAUAGACUUGUGAGAUCACCAGUGUGCUGUAACUAGGGAAAAAAGGUUAGGAUGAUCCAUAUUUUUCCCCUCUUUUUAAAAAAAAGAAAAACGUAGCUUUCCAUAUGAUGGUACUUUUCUCUUGUAUGAGAAUCAACCAGCUUGCUGAAAUGAUAAAUAAAAUGUUGAUUUUUCUUUCUUGAUUCAUUAAGCUGUAGAAAUGUGAAAGUUCUAUGUCCAUCAGAUUCUUUGACAAUAUGUACCAUCAUAGUGUUAGAUGGACAAUGUACCAUCUCUAACUUCUGAGGGAAAGCUGCUUGUUUAUUAAGUGUACUUUUAAAGCAAAAGACCACUAUUCCAAAUCUGUAUUCCUUUUGGAAACUUGAUUCUAAAUUUGAACACUAUUUAGGUGUCUGUAUUUGAUGUGCUUCAGCAGUAUCUAGUGGAAUGGACUAUUGAACUGCAGAUUAGUGAACAGAGAUCCUGUUGCACUGGGGAGCAAGACACUUAGGUUUACAGUUUGUGUAUUGUUGACAUCUUUCUGCUUUGUCAUCUUCUAACCUUAGAUUCUAGUCUUAAAUGCUUGGUCCUAUAGUUGCAGAUUCUGGUAUGUCUGGGUUUUUUUUAUUCUGUGGCAGCAAAUUACUUUGAAAAGCCUCCAGUUUGAAGGAUAAUAUUGAAAAGUAUAUGACUUGAACAAUGGGGCUUUGAUCAUCACACACAUUUUCUUAUUUCUUGAAGCUAUUAUACCAAGAAUGGUCUGGAUUACAAAAUGUGAAUUGAAAAGAAAAUGUUUACUUAAAAAAAGUUUGCGUGGAAAAGAGGCUUUAAAUCUGGAAAGGGGGGGUGGAAGGGGGGAGGCGGUGGGAGGGGAAGAAACCCACACCAGAAAAGUAAAACCCAACAAUGCAGUGUGGAGUUGGGCAUGCACGUACUCAACUCUGACUAUACUCUGAAAAACUUUGCACUUUGGUCACAUAAGUGCCCACAUGUACAAAGUCUGUGUGCAUAUACAUGUGCAAACACAAACUUACCCGAAGAGUAAAUAUUAUGGGGAGUCUGUUGUACAGACUGCAGCAAAGAUAUUUAUUCAAAAUUGCUUUAUGGCACACUGCUCUGUGUGUGUGUAUGCGUGUAUAUAUAUGCACACGUAUAUACACAUAUGUGCUUUACAAAGGCUUGGAUUGAUUCAGGACAAAGGAAAUUGAUGCGAAUGAAAAAUUUUCACCUUGAAAGACCAUUUUGAAUGGCAUUCUGUUAUUUUACAAAAGCAAGGUUUGGGAUUUUUUCCUCUUAAUUUUUUUAUAUUCAUCACUGGGCAUUUCCAAUGUCUUUUUUUUAAUUUCCUUCAGUCAAAACCUUAAAUCCUAAUACAAAUAGGAGAACUGGGAUUUUUUUUGUAACUUGAAAUUAGUUAACCAUUUUUGUUAGCAUGUUAGCUGGAGGCUACUAUACUGGACAGACUUUCUUGGUAAUUAAAUAGAAAGACAUAGCUAAAAUAGACAUUUAUAUUUUCCUUUGUAGCAGUUAUCAAGGAUGUUGCUAGAGCUCAUGAAAGCACUGAAGACUUUAAUUUUCUGUACUUUCUCCCUGUUGACAUUAUUGACAUAUGUUGAAUAACACCCCGCUGUCUUGGUAGUCCCUUUAAGUUCAGCAAGAUCUGCUUGGAAGCAAGAUUGAUAAAGACUUUUGAACUCUUAUUACUAUUUUUCAGUGAUGGCUUUAUUUUUGGCAGUGUUGCUUUGUAUUUGUGAAAUAUUUGAAAAAGGCUGUGAAGUUCAUGUGGUCUUGGGAAAUCAACACUUGACAACUCCUAGCUUUCCCACCAGUUGGCAAAACACAUUCCCUGUUCAGGUACCAGUACUAUUUAGGUUUGGAGUUAGUGUAAAUUUUUUCUCAGUAGUAUUUUUGUUUGUACAGCUCGAGUAGCAAUAACUGUAGGAGUGGAAGCUUGCUUCUGCAGAACCAAAGCUCUUCAUGAGUGUAGCUCAAUCUCAUUCUUGUGGAGUAAAGUUCCACCGAAUAUCCCGUAAAAGCACUUUGAAGCAGAUAGUAAAUACUGCAAGCUUUUCCUGAGCCACUUGGAAGAAGCACAAGGAUUGUUGCAGGUUACAGCGGUUGACUUUGCAGUACUGGUAGAGGCUUUCAUUUUGCAUGUUGAAAUUCAUUUUACACACUUAAAUGCUGCUUUGCAUCAGCCUUCUUUAAAGACAAGUGCAGAUUAAAACAAUUCCUGACAAGUUCUGAGGAAAUACUGUAAAACAUUUUCCAAAAUGAAAUGCCAGUUACCUUGAGCCUUGUUCAACAUCUGUUUGAGCCAGUAGCACUCGGAUAUUCUCACUUGCUAGGGAGUAUCUACAGAUGUGUUAAGUUUGAAGCAGUAGUUUGCAGUAGCGUUGCAGAUUAUAAGGUAGCUUGAAACUGUGAAUACAGGACAUUCUGAAUGUAAGUUAGGUACUAGAGCACCAAACUAGAGAAUGUGUACUUGUUUCAAUUAAUUUAUCUCAGUCUCUUUAAUAGCAAUGUUAAGAUGUUUGAAGGAGGACAAAACAUGACUGAGCUCUAGAAACAUCCUGUAGUAGUUUUGACUGUGACUUGCCAAGAAGAUACUCUGUUGCCUUUAUGUUAAGCUAAGGGCAUGAAUGCCCAAAUUAAUAAUUCUUACUGUAGUUAAACCUAUAUUGUAAAUAUAAAGAGGAUUAUUAGUGACGGCAUUCUUGCAUAAAUAGCAUCAAGUCAAUAGACCAUAGUGGCCUGGUUGCUUUUGUAAAGCAGAAUAGUGUGAAUUUUUUUCUUCUCAUUUCUGCAGUCAGAUCUGGCUAAUCCACGCCUAAUUUCUUGGGUCACCUAAGCAUUAAAGAUUUCUUAAUGAUAACUAGUCUCUUGUCACAUCAUUUUAAAUUCCUUCAUUAUACUUCUUGAUUUGCAUUUUAAAAGGACUUACCAAAUUUGCAUUAACCAGGUCUGACUGUAUAUGUAUAUACAACAGUGUAAAUAACCAUUUGUAAAUUAGUGUGAAUUGUACUGUAUCUUGCAUUUAUGGACUUGUGUAUUGCAUUGUAUUCUCUCCUAUUUUGUAGAAAUUUUGAUGUAAAGAAGAAAUCUAACUCUGUGUGUGGACUUUUUUGUUAAAUUGACCUGUAACAGAGCAUAAUAGGUUUAUGUCAAGGUAUAUCCAGAGCAUAAUAGGUUUAUGUCACGGUAUAUCCAUUCAUAGCCUUGGGCAUCCAGUGUCUUUUUCCCCCAUUAGCUUUUUUGACAUCUUGCUCUUGGGAAUGAUUCUGGGAAUAAAGGAAUUUAUACAGUACUAAGAUGAGAAAAUCUAUUCUAAUAAUAGGGCAAACUGUGUCAGAAGUACAUGUAGUACCUGUGGUAUAGGAAAGCUGUUAAAAUUGUCUACUCAAACUUUCAAAAAUUUCCUAUACAUUCUAGAAUGCUGGAGACUUCUAAACAUAAGCAUGUUGAAUUCAAGUACUCUUAAAGUGUGCACUCCCAUGGUGACAGCAAUUGAGUAGUUGUGAUGGAAGUCCCCCACUUAAAUGUUUUUGGUGGAUAUAGCCUUAUAAUAGGAUUAGUUGCUAACUUGUAAAUGCUUAUAAUAAAUGCCCAAAUCACUUUCCUCAACACUAGAACUAUUGGUAGCCCCUUUAUAGACUAUUUGAAACUUACCUGAGGUAUUUUCCCUGUGUGCCGUUCCCUCCCCCUCCUCCCUCUACUCACAACCUUAUUACAUGAGUAUAAAAGCUUCCUUUCCAUAUGUAAUCAUCACUGUUUCCUUUUCAACUAAAAUUGUGUUCUCUCUUGUCAAUAUGUGACUUCUCAACAGAAUUCUUUGUGUAGGAAGUUCCUUUUUGAAGAGGCCUUUAAUCUUUGAAGCGUAGAUGUAACGAAGGAUAGUUUUCCCCAAAUGCCCAACUGUAUUGCAUUACUGUUGCCUUUCACUGUCUGUUUUUGGACUCCAUAGUGUCCUUCAAGCUGUUAAGUUUAUUUGUCACUGCUGUCUUUAAUUCUGCUGGAAAGUACCAGUGUGCAAAUCUCCUUGCCUACCUGACAAAUUGGUGACGAUACAGCUUGUAUAUCCUGUCAGCUUUACCUGCAGCAGCGGAAAGGUAUGCAUGCUUAUCAGUGGUGACACUUUGUUACUAGGGUCCUGGGAAGUGAGUUUAUCGGAGAAGUAUUAGUCAAGAGGAGGGAUGGGCUCAGUAAAUACAAGUAAAAGGAAACCAUUCAUGUGGAAACUCAAGAUAAAGCUUUUGAUAUAGCAAGGUAUUGGAUAUGCUUAUUUACUUGCAUGGUUUAAGAACAAGAGCGAAUUGUAAAGGCAAAGUUUGCUUCUAAAUGAAGUUAAGGUUUUUUUAAAGCCUUUGGUAGGUAACAAAAGCUUACAAAAUAUUGUUACUUCCACAGAAAGAAAUCUUAAAACAAAUUUGGGUAACUUUCUGAUUAAACAACACUUUUGUUCUGUAACCCACCAAAAUAUAAUCUCUUGCUUGGGGUAGGCCUUCCUAUAGUUAGCAGAGGAGGCUGAGCACAUCUUAACUGUCUGCGUUUGAGGUGGCUGUCUAUUCUUGAUUUAAUGUUUGUGUAUUGUUCACUGUGUUCUUGGAUGCCUUCUAAGGUAUGCUAGAUUACUAAAGUACUGGAAUGAGCUACUGUCUCCUAUCAUCUCUCUCACACCAGGCAGGUUGCAGUUAUAUUAGAACAGAAAGCAUUGGGUCAAACAUUGAGGUAAUGCGAGGCUGAUGUUGAGCAGUCUUGCAGCUGAUUCUUCUCCCUUUUAUUACUGUGGGCUGCAAGCUGAUUGUUUUCAUUAGUCAUGAAAGAUGGGAAAAGCCAUGACCUCUGGUCUUGUGCAGAGUAGGUGUGCUGUUAGCCAACCACACAACUUUUAAGGGGCACUUAGUGGUGAGAAACCACAUAAAUCCAGGUGGGACGUGUCAGAAGAAACCGAACUUUCUGUUGCUUAGACCUCUGGAGUGGAAAGGGAAAAUGUGUGAAAGGUUUGCAUGUGCCAGUUGUAUGGAGGUGCUCCAUCUAAGUAAGGAGAGACUAAAAAAAAAUUAGCAAUGCUUUUUCCAAAGUAACUUUUCCAAUUGGUCUGAUCUGCAGAGAUUUUUUGUGAUCAGGAAACCAGUCAAUCUGGGGGGGGAGAGAGGGAAGAAGUGUUCCAAGAGAUUAUUAAAAAAACCCCAUCCCUGAAAUAAUGCUGAAAUAACUUCAGGUACUGCACCACCCUAUUUUUUGUGAUAUUGCAACUGUGUUUUUUCUAAGUUGUUUUUUUCCCUACGUAGAGAUCCAUGCAAAUCACAAGAUAAAAGAGACCAUGGAAGAGAAAUACGAAAAACCUUGUAUACAAUGCCAUAAAAUGCAGCAUGAACUGGGAAAAAAGUAUAUGUUUCUAAGCUUUUGGUAGUAGUAAUUCUUAAGUGUUACCAAAAAUUGGUAGGUGUUAAGUCCUCAGUGUGUGAAAAUUAUUUUGCUAGAUAUACUUCUUUUAACAUUUUGUAUCUUGGAUGCAGUCUGUGGUAGUUAAUAAUGCUGCUUUGUACACAAGUGCUUUGAAUAGUCUCAGCACCAAGAAUGUAUCCAGUCUUUCUUAAAUAUGACAAAGUUAGUCAUUGGUUCUGUCUCAAGCCUCUUGAUCCAUCUAUCUAAACCCCUUUAAAUACUUGCAGAAACAGGGCCAUAGCAUAGUAGGGAUAUAUUGUUAUACAUUUUUUAUUUUGUUACUGCGAAUUUUUCAGUGUUAUUUUAAAUGUGAGUCCAUUUAUGUCCCGUGAGUAAAAGAAGCUCAAUUUACAAAUAGCCUUUGUCAUCUUCCAGCACUGUCAUCCCCCCAAAAGUCCCCACGACCCUUCUUGUAUGUUGUGGAGUUUAGAUGCAUCAUUUAUCCAUUGGAGUGAAUUGUAUUUCUUUUGAACUAAAUGUUAUUGAAGCUAUUAUAAGGCCUUCUACCACUGAUUAAAUGAAGUAAUGUACCUUUCAAAGAGAUUUAUAUUGUAAAUAAUUUCAAACUGCAACAAUAAAGUUUGUUUCUAACUGCA